CUGUUGAAGCGAGUGUGAUGUGCUAGCCGUGAGUCAACUUGGACUUCCCAUGGACUUCCCAGUGACAGGACACAGAUCAUGCGCGUGAUAAUGUGCCAUUACAUAAGCAAUGAUGAUGACUACAGUAAGCAGAGAGGUCAGUCGAAAGCAACUAGGGCUCCUUUGUUGAUUGCAAACACACACAUACACAUGUUGUCCGGCAGGCGUAGGAGCCGCUCUUCCCUCCGCGCGCGGCUCUGGCCCCAACAGUGGCCGCAUAGUUGUCUGAUGAGUCAGGAAUGUGGUUGCAUGCCUUACACAUGAGCUAUUACUGAACACAGGCCCCAGUAGAGCACAGCCAGUGCGCUCAUUCACAGACGGGGAGGGAGCGAGCGAGCGAGAGGGAGGAGGCUCAACAAUAGAGAGGCAGGAGCAUGCCGAGCCAAAGUCAGAAGUGAAGAGACACACGAGAGCAAAGAGCACGGCUGCGGCGGCAGCUGAGACACAAAGGCCCUUUCAUCCCCUUAUCUUCAGAGGAAACAUCUCCACCUCUGAUACUAGUGCUCACCUGAGCUCUGAGUGGAUUGUGUAGGUUUUCUGCGUGUCGCCUGAAUGCCCGUUGACUUGGUGAUCCCUCCUCCGCUGUGGACAGACAUGCACGAGAGCGAGAUGAGGCUGAAGAUGCGCGUCAGGCGCAUCAAAGAAGGGCGAGAUCUGAGAGGUGGCUUUGCAGCUUUCUCUUCCUGUUUUCCUGACCUGUGUGAGAAUAAACCAGCCACUAUUCUACCUAUCAGUCUGUCCCAACCCUGUUUAUCUGUGGCCAACGUCGGUCCCACCCGCAUUCUGCCCCACCUGUACUUGGGCUCCCAGAGAGACGUCCUCAAUAAGGAACUGAUGACUCAGAAUGGAAUCACCUACGUUCUAAAUGCUUCAUCAGCAGAUAACCAGGAAUAG